GCCGCCCCAGCGCGGAGCGGAGCGCGGCCCCGCACCCGCGGCCCUCCCGGAGGCCCGGCCCGGCUGCCGCGGCCGGCUUUCCUCCUUCCCGGGCUGCGUGAAACGCCCUUUUCCAGAGCACUGAGGGCGCAGACCCCGCGGGCGGGUAGAAGGAGGGCCCUGGGCUCACGGGCGAAGCCCCGGAGAGGGGCAGAGCCGGGAGCAGCCUCCCACGGCAUCGGGGCCUCGGAGCCCUCUCCUCCAUCCCCGAGCGCCGCCGGCGGCUGGGCCAUCAUGGCAACCUCUCCCCAGAAGUCCCCUUCUUCUCCCAAGUCCCCCACUCCUAAGUCCCCCCCGUCCAGAAAGAAAGAUGACUCCUUCCUCGGCAAGCUCGGCGGCACGCUGGCGAGGAGGAAAAAAGCCAAAGAAGUAUCUGAAUUACAGGAAGAAGGAAUAAAUGCCAUUAACUUACCUCUCAGUCCAAUUCCAUUCGAACUAGACCCUGAAGACACUAUGCUAGAGGAGAAUGAAGUCCGAACAAUGGUUGAUCCAAAUUCAAGAAAUGACCCCAAAUUACAAGAACUAAUGAAGGUAUUAAUUGACUGGAUUAAUGAUGUGUUGGUAGGAGAGAGGAUUAUUGUGAAAGACUUGGCUGAAGACCUGUAUGAUGGACAAGUAUUGCAGAAAUUAUUUGAGAAACUUGAAAGUGAGAAGCUGAAUGUUGCUGAAGUUACUCAGUCUGAAAUUGCUCAGAAACAGAAGCUACAGACAGUGCUUGAAAAGAUCAACGAAACCCUUAAACUCCCUCCAAGAAGCAUUAAAUGGAACGUUGACUCUGUCCAUGCUAAAAGUCUUGUAGCAAUACUUCAUCUUCUGGUUGCAUUAUCACAGUAUUUUCGAGCACCGAUCAGACUGCCAGAUCACGUGUCCAUUCAGGUGGUUGUUGUGCAGAAACGAGAAGGAAUCCUCCAGUCUCGACAAAUCCAAGAGGAAAUAACUGGUAACACUGAGGCAUUAUCAGGAAGGCAUGAAAGAGAUGCAUUUGACACUUUAUUUGACCAUGCUCCAGACAAGCUCAAUGUAGUGAAAAAGACUCUCAUCACUUUUGUGAACAAGCAUCUGAAUAAAUUGAAUUUGGAGGUCACUGAACUGGAGACCCAGUUUGCAGAUGGUGUGUACUUAGUCCUGCUAAUGGGUCUUCUAGAAGGCUAUUUUGUUCCUCUGCACAGCUUUUUCUUGACUCCUGAUAGUUUUGAACAAAAGGUCCUCAAUGUAUCCUUUGCAUUCGAGCUAAUGCAAGAUGGUGGACUGGAAAAACCAAAGCCAAGACCAGAAGAUAUUGUAAAUUGCGACUUGAAGUCUACAUUGAGAGUACUGUACAACUUGUUUACCAAAUACAGGAAUGUGGAAUGAAGAAUUGAUUUGUGUGAAAGGAGUGUCAACAAAGAAAGCAUCAUAACUGGCAUAUUUUUCAUCGGUAUUCCUCUGCAUCUUUAUCCUAAAAGGAACUAAACCAUUUAUCUGAAGAAUUUUUUAAUUGAUUAUUCUUGCACUACUAUUUUCAUAGUAGAUUUAAAACUAAUAUAACUUAUGAAGAAGAAAGGUUUCGAGAAAGGUAUUUGGGUAUAUUCUGGGAGAAUUAAUGUCUCAAUAAUAACUGCCUUCACACUGUUUUGUGGUAGGUGUAACAACAAUGAAAAAAAAUAUUUAGUAGCUUUAAUUCAAAUCAGUCUUUGGAGCCAAUCAUAGGAAGAUUCUGUACUGAGUAUCUAUUUUAGUAUUUUUUACAUAUAUCUUUUCUAAUCUGGGGAGGGGAAGAAUAUUUUCCAUCCUUGAUGGAGGUUGCAUUCUAGUUAUGAGAAAUGUGCAUGGGGAGAAACAGUUAAACACUCUUGCUCACAUCACAGCUAAAAAGAAGAGACUUUCUCAAGUGCUUAACCUGAUUAAUUUAUAUUUCCAGUGCUAUUAGGCUUGAGUUUUAUGGGUACAAACUGUGUAGUGGCUACUCAUUCCUUCAGACUUAUUAUAAUGUGUUACUUUGCUUUAAAUGUGUUGUUGAGCAUUCCGCAUAAGCACACUUUGCAGUUGGUCACUUAGUUUUGUUCAAGGAAGAGAUCUUUUUUGCAAAGUACACGUCAGAAAAACACACCUGUACAGUACAGUUUCCCUAUAAUAAUGGUAUUAUUAGAUAUUAUUAGACAGUAAAAGAAUGGCUUCUUUUUCUUUUAGUAGUUUAAACACAUGAUUACCAGAUUGCAAGUUUAGAUUUAUUGCUAAAUAGGAUUUAGAAUUUGUCCCUUUGGUUGAUUUUAUGAUGAAUGUAUUUUGCUGCAUUAUGUCCAACACAAAAAAAGAAUAAUAAUUUUCUAGAAACAUUGCUGUAGCAUUUCAGGUACAAAAGCACUGCUUUACUUUUACCUAAUCAUCACCAAGUGUAAGCUGUAACCUGUUUGGUUUUAGCUUUAAAAAAGACACAAAAGAGAAAUGGGAGUUGAUCAACCACUAGUUAAAUUUCCAUAAAGAAGCUGAUGGAGACUGCCUGAGUCAUCAAAACCUGCACUGGCAUAAGUUGAAGAGUAAAUUAAUCACUUGCUAGAAGUCUUGAUGUUAGUAUUAGAUACCUUUCUAAAUGAAGUGUUCUGAUGCAAUCAAGAUUCUUGGGAUCCUGGGUUACACAGUAAGGAAAAAAAUCCUUAGGCAGAAAUUACUGGACAACUAUUUAGAAAUCUUUGGACUGCUUAGUGCAGGAAGGAGACUUGUUAAUAGUCAUCCAAUUAUGGCAGAACUGGUAUAAGUAGAAGGGAAAGCAAUCUGUCAGCUCUUGAGUCUGUUCAUCUGAAGAAAUGCAGUGCUGGCAAGAACAGUCAGUAACAGCUAUACGUUACUUUUAUAUAAAGCAUUACAUGCUUUUCAUUUUUCCAGUGCUUUUUUUUUUUUUUUUUUUUAAAUGGUAGAGUUUUCCAGUGCAACAUUAGCAUAAAGGAAAGACAAGCAAUUACAUUAUAUCUUUGAUGAACACUAACUGAUGUUUAAUAACAUGUUGAUACUGGCUUCUGCUGGGGAGCUACAGAAAUUAUUCUUCUGAGAAGUAAAUAUCAACUUUUGCAAAGGAAAGUCAGCAUUUAAUUCAGAGGAGAAUACCUGGAUGUUCUCUGAACUUAGAAAAUAUUAUCUGAUUGAUAUAAGCAUUCUAAAUACCUUUGUUAAAAUAUUUUGUUACCUCUAUAUUUUUAACUGAGUUACUGAAAUUAGAGGUACAGGAAAUAACAAUUAUUUGCCUUUUACAGAGGGAAAUAACCGGACAUUUUGACCUCCAUGAAAAUGAACAUGUUUUCAUUGUAUCUUUAAUAUCUAAGAAGCUAAACGAUAGGAAUUAAUCAAGCAUUUUUUGAGCAAACUGGGACAGAACUUCUCAUGCAUAUACCAGCAGCAAUUUCAGCUUAUUUUAAUGUGUAACAUGUAAGUUUUUCAUUUGCACACCUAGAUUGUAAUAAUUGUAAUAGUUAAUUUAAAAAUGUAUGAUGUUUUUUCUGCAGACCAUGCUCAGCUGAAACACUCAUUUACAUCUCAAGAAUGCCAAAAUGGUUUGGUUGCCCAUGUUUUCAGGAGUGCACUUUCAUUAAAGAGGAUAUUUAUAUUUGUAAAGGAAAAAGGUUAGGAACAGUGAAACUGUUUUUUGCCUGGACUUGAAAAUAAGUAUUCCUGUGCUAUAUUGAUAUAACAUUAUUGGAGAUUCUGGUCAGACUUCGUUUUCCAUCCUUAAAAAACAUAAAGCUGAGAUAGAAUGAUGAAAUCCUCAUACAGAAAUGCAAUUAUGCACCACCAUAGAAACAUUUAAACAAUAUCCAACCUUACACAAUUAUCUGUCCUAUGGUAAGAAUUUAUGUAAAUUAAAAUCUGCUAUAUAAACAAGAGUGUCCUAUGUAGAUAUAGACCCAUGAGAUAGUUUUAACACCUUCACAAAAAUAGCAUAUGCUGCCAUGUAGGAGUGAGUCACUGCUUAUAUUUUUGACAGUGUAGAUUUAUAUAGCUAUCAGAUAAAUAUGAAAUCUAAUAUACAGAUUAUAUCUAAUAUUUAUUGCUUUAAUACAGAAUAUUAUAGAAAUAUAGAAUACUACUGUAGACAGUUUGCUCUUUAGCAAUCAGUGGAGGCCAGCACCUUCCUUCAGCGAAGUGAAAUGAUAAGUUAGCUGGGCCAAAUUCUGCUGACACCUAUGAUGCUUUUAUUCUUGAUACACAGCAAUGUAUUCUGAUGUACAGCUGAAUGCAGAAUUUUCGCACUGUUUAUAUCACAAUAGAAGUUGUUUAAGUUUUAGCUCAAUCCUGAUUUUAUUUAUAAUUACUUUAAAUGAUUAAAUAGAUCCAAAUCAAUGGAUUUAGCAAACAGUCACUUGGAGAAGCCAGUUUCUCUGCUGGUCCCAGAGGGAGCCUCUGAUCUCAAGGCUGCUGUCUCAGCACUUUGGCUAGGUUUCUAAAGCCAGGUAGAAUGAAUCCAAGCCACUGCUUUAAGAUCUCAUGGUGGUAUGUGGAUUUCAUCCAAUGGACCAAUGUGCUUGUCUGUUGUGCUCUGUCACAUGAAGGCCGACAGGUAGCUGACUCCACUGAAAACUGGCAGAUUAGCCUGCCUUGAGUAACAAACAGUCAGUAAACAUUUCUGCUGCUGGGGCAUUAUGAAACUGCCAAAAGAACAGAGUUUUUUGUGCUUCUCUGACUUCUAAUCCAUCCAUUGCAUCCAACAAUAUGGUAUCCAGAUUUGUUUUGUGGUUGGAGAUAGGCAUCCUUUUGCUAUUGAUGGAUCCUGGCAUGCUCUGUCAACCACAUAAAACUGUUUUUUUCAAAGAGGAGCUACAGAUUCUUAAGAGUAUGUCAAAAAGAUGUUGUCAAAAUAAUUAUCUAAAAUCCUAAUAUCUUGAGGACAACUUCUUUCAAAUUUCUUUCCCAGCUGACUGGUAUUUAGUUCUCAUAAAGAACAGGUCCUAGAAAAAAGGUAUUGUAGGAAUCUUUGCAAAAUUUUACCUGAGACACAUGUAUAAAGUCCAGAAUUGGAUUGCUCUGUAUUUCCAAUGGAGUACAGAUGUACCAAGUUUCUUAUUAAAUGAGCUGACUGCAGAAUAUCUAGUUCUUUGCAUUUCUUAGUCAGUAGAUACUUUCCUGUUUUAGGGGGGCAGCAGUCCUGCCCUUGCAGCUACAGAGUUCAGGAAUUCAAGUGGGCCAGUGAGUGCUGGAAUAGGGUCCUAAUCUACUUCAAUUGACUGUGGACCAGGUUGGUGAUUGGCGUAUCUCCAUGUAAACCAGGGGCAUUAAAUCAACAGAGCAUUUGUUCCUUUCUGUUUUGCAGAGGGUUACAGUACUUGGCAAUAGUUUACAUUCAGGUGGACUAUAUUGAUUGAGGCAAAUGCUACUUGGUUGACUUUUGUUCUUAUUUUCAUAAACUAUGUUUUUAAAUUAAUGUUUCAGAUUAAUUUAGAAGACACCUUGCCACAAGCCACAGUGUUGUAAAGCAGAACGGCUUUUAAAAGUAUGAGUUUUAUUUCAUUAGAGAAAGAUAUACAUGAUAUUUAAUAUACUAGAUACUAGCUUUAGGUCUAUUUUUUGUUAUUCCUGUCUUCCUAUCAAAACAGCCUUCAUGAAUGGCCUGUGUGUGUGCCAAGCACCCAAGGAGAGAACAGUGCCUUGAAAACCUCUUGCAAGAUUUUCUACACUGUUGCCUAAUAGAUUUUUGACAUUUUACUAUAAGAAUUAGUGUGGGUCAUCUCUUUACAGUUAAAGUACAAGUCUAAGAAAUCCUACGUAGAAAGUUGUAUUUAAAGUAAGGUAUUUUGUUUUGAUGUAUCAUAUGAAAAAUGGAGAUAGCAGCACCAAAAUUCCAAAAUUGUGUAUACCUCAGCAUCCACAGAUUUUCCAAAGAGGUUUUGAGUCAUUUAACAUUUACUAGGACUAAUUUUAUGUAUUUUGACAAUAUUUUCUGUGUUACUAUUUAUUUUUGCAAUAUUGAGAUUUUCUUUUCUGUCUAACAGUUUAAUACUAGACACUCUGAAACAAUGUUAGUGUCAUUGAAAUAUUUGGUUCUCAAUUUCAAUAUCAAACUACUUAAGAAAAAAGAAUAUUUGCAAAACUUGCUUCUUAACGUGUAUCUGAAAAUAAUGGUUAGUUUAAAUUAAGUUGCAUUGCCUUUAACUGCAGAGUUAGCUUUCACAGAAUAUGUUUUAUGUAAUCUGUAAGAGACACUCUAUUGCUGAUUUUUUCUUGUUCUUUUUCUGAAAGUUUUCUUAUGAUCCACAAUAAAAUUUGUACCUGAAAAUCAACACUGUAUGUUGUUGUUG